UUAGAGGGGCUGUCCCGGAGGUGGGGCUGUCACUCCUGUCAGGGUUUGCUGUUGAAGAGCGGGAUGGUGACCUGCCGAGUGUGUGAGGAGGUGCCGCCGAAAUAUCGGUGUCCGCGCUGCGGCCUGCGUUAUUGUUCUGUAGGAUGCUACAAGAAACACAAAGUAGAUGAUUGUAAACCCCAGGAGUCUGGUUCAGAGAUUUCCCCAGCAUUAAAGGAACCUAUACAGCAAGACCGUAAUGUAGGACACUACUCCGGCACAAAUGAAAUCUUGGAUGAUGGUGAAGAUUCUGAUCGUGUACCACUCGAGAAACUGAGACGACUGGCAGGAUCAGAGAAGUUGAAGGGUCUACUUUGCAACCCACACCUUAAACAGUUGCUGUUGACAGUAGACAAGGCGGAGGAUAAAGAAAGCAUCAUGAAGAUAGCUAUGCAGGAACCAAUUUUCGUGGAAUUUGCAGAUCAGUGUUUACAAAUAGUUGAACCCCCAGAGAAAGAAAAUGAAAUUGUUGUCUCCUAGUAUAAACUCUCCGACCUUUGAGUAAAUACUUUUGUAAUUACUUUGUAAGAUAUAUAGCUAUUCUGAUUUUAAUUAGGUUUAUCCACUGGAUUGAAAAAUAAACAUCUUGGGUGUUCAGUGACUGGGCUGUGAUGCCAGUACUUUGACGUAUUAUUUUGCAGUGUUUUAUUAAAAUAUUUUUCUUAAGCUGUUCAGAAAAACAAACAAUCCAAUACUGGUACCUACCCAAUGACCUGAAAUAAAUAGUCUUGCUUUUCUAUGCCAUUACCAAAUAAAAUAACAAUUCAAUUUUCUCAA